CUGUGUGGGCAGGACUAGAGAGCAGUAGGUUCUUCAACGUGCCUCGACAUCGUAAUAAACUUUUACUAAAGUAAUUCGCGUGGUUCUGCAGUGAUCGUUCAGAAGUUUCGCCAUGGCGAAAAAGAGUUUUUCCACCAAAAAAUCUUUGAGGAGUUUGUUUUCUAAAAGUGAAGCAAAUCUCAAAGAGUCCGUGGAGAAAGAUGACCGCGGCAAAGGAACGCUCAAAUUAUUUAAAUGGAAGACAAAGAAAUCGGACAGUUUACAGGAGAGCCUAAAGGCUGCAAGAACUGAGUCUGGGACGUUGGGAGCUGGCGACAGUGAAACUCAGGAUGAUGAGAGGGGGACUAAACGCAAGACAUCUCUCUUUGGCACUGUCCUCAGGUCAAAGAAAGAACAGCUGAGUUACUCGGAGAGUGACCUCCGUAAAUCCAAGGGCUUUGCUGUAUCCUUAUCCUGGAAGAAGAAGAAGAAAAGAGAUCUAUCCCAGGGACUUUCAAGCAAUAGUGGAGUCCCAGGGGUCAAGGAUCGCAUCAGUGAACAGGAAGAAUUUGACAUCCUGGUAGAAACAGAACAAAACCAGGUUGGUUUGAAGACAGCAGUACCUACACCAGAACCCUCCUGUACCUCUGACCAAUCCCAGUCCCAGAAUAUCCUGAGUGACAUGCCUAAGCCUGAUAAGGAGGAUGCAGGUUUUAUGCCUUCAAAUCUGGACAGUACAUCGAUACCAUAUAUUGACUGUUCACUGUCUGAUAGUGAUGCUUACCAGACACCCCCAUCUGCAGAUAAAUCUGUUCAGUACUCCAACCCUGAGUCUAAAAUUACUGACUCAUUCAGUCCUGCUCCGAAUAUGGAAACUGCGGCAAGUACAGUCACAUGCAUAGUCCAUAAGUCAAACAUAGAUCUAAACCCGAGUGGUGUUUCUUUUAGGGAUGAUCAUCCUUUCUCUGAUUUUGAAACAUCUAGAUCAGGAAUUUCAGCAGAUGUUGAGGUCAACACCUUCACCACAUAUGUUACUCCUAACAAAGACGAAAUGUUUUUUCAAAAAGAGUCACACCUGGAACGUAAAGAAUCAAAAGAUGUAACCUCUGCCACCCUCUCUAUCCACGAGAGUUCCAGCUCUUCCAUGCCUGAGAGUUCCAUCUCUUCCGUUCCCCAAAGUUCCAUUUCUUCCACCCCCCAAAGUUUUGGCUCUUCCAUCCCCCACAGUACCACCUCUGUCAUCCUUGAUGGUUUCACAUCAAACAGUACUGUGACCCAGAGUUCCAGCUUAAACUCAUAUUCUGCCGAUACCCUUCCAGAACAUUCCUCCAGUCUUCCACCUUACAUUAUACCCACUGAGGCAGAAGAUUCUCAAACCAGCACUGCAAAUAACAGAAACACGUCUGCCAGCAACGGUGAUGUAGUCAACACUGACUCCUUCAUUGCUGAUACGGUUUCAUCUAUGCCAGAUGUGAUUGUAUCUAGCACUUUCUCCUCCUCCAAAACCACAGAGAACAGUUUGGAUGCUGAUACUGAUAAAAAGCCAAUUUUAUCGCUCUCCAAUACUGAUGUUUCUGAAAGUGAUUUAAGUUCAAUACCUCAGAGUUUACCCACAAUCACUGUACAUUCCACUUCAGAUUCAAUUUUACUGAAAGAAUCUCACCCUAAGAUUAAUUGUGAGACCAUUUCAAUGGAAUCGUAUGAAACAAACAAUGAUUUUUCCUUGACAAAUGCCAUUGGCUCAGUGAAACCUAGCCCUGCUGAACCUGUCCUUCUUGAGAAUGAGUCAAAUAUCUCUUUACCUCAGUCAGCUGUGUCAAGAACCUACACCAUCAUUAAGUCAACUGUCACCUUUGACCUUUCAGGUUCCUCAGACCCCACCAGCCCUGACCAUUCCCAGAGAGGUCUCUCUAACAAUAUAUCUUAUUCAGAUGUGGAAACCCUAACUGAAAUAUCAGAACAAGAGCAAAUAAGUCAGGAGAAUGACCAAACUAAAUCGACCAACUCUUCAGUAACUUCCUCAGAUUUUCCAGACAGUGGUAUCUCCUGCACUUUGCCCUCUGAAGUCUUACCUGCCUUCAUAAUUCAUCCUCCCCCUCACUUAGAUGUUUCAGACCAGCUGUUCAGCUCUCAAACCCCAAAGACAGAGGUAGACACACAACAGAAAACAUUCAAAGAAUAUGAAGAUCCUGAGGAAGAUGUUCAGGAGGCAUCUACUCAAGUAAGUCAUGAGUUGAUUGAGUUGGUUGAAACCACAGCAGUUCUGACUACUGGAAAUUACCUUCAGAACAAAUGUAGACCAGAAGUGGGGGAAGGAAGUAGAUUAGAUGAUAUCUAUAAUGAAAAUCAUGACAUUACAUUUGUUCAAGACCCUGAAUCAGAGCAGAUCAUAGAAGGCCAGGCUGAAACCACAGCUGAGAGUAUGAACACUGAAAAUGACUUUCACAUGUCUGUAAAGGAGAAAUAUGGCCAAGAAGUUGAGGAACAAAGUGAAUUAGGUGACAUUUAUGAUGAGAAGUAUGUAGUUCCAUCGAAUCUAGAAAAAGACACCGGAUUAGAGCAAAUCAUGGAUGUUUUAUCACAAGAGCAAAUGAUACAUUACAAGGUUUCUGAAACAUAUGAGUUGGUUGAAGAGAAGAGAAAUGAAUUGAAAAUGGUCCAGAGCACAAGAGAAGCAUCUGCAACACAAGGUGCAAUGGAAGCAGAGGUAUGCGGAGGCACCGAAGUGUUGACAGGUCAAGCAGAGCAGCAGAUUCACCGUCUUGCUCCACUGAAACCAGCCCUACCAGUCAAUCAAGAAUGUAGCCCUGAAGAAUGCACUUCAGCCCCUCCCUUCUCUGAGCUAGUGAAGGUAUCACUUGCAGAUUCAAGCAUGGAAACACACAGUCACCUGGAGAUUUGUCUCCACCCCUUGGCCCCACACCAGUUGAGCAGAGCGAUAACAAUACUGGAGGACACGGCAAGGUGCAAAUACCAAACAAGCAUUGAUAACCAUCACGCUGAGAGGGAGGAACACACCAGCGGUGAAGAGACUGAGGAUAUAGCCACAUUUCUCCCAAGAACACAGGACAGUGAAAGUCAAGAACACAGCAGUGGGAAGAUCUCCACUGCACACACCACAGAGGAGACCUUCAGACACACCAGAGACACAAGCCACAAACAGGGAGAGGUGACAGUGACAAAGGUAAAGAAAGCCAGAGAUAAUAUCACUCACAGGAACUGGGUAGAAAUCAGCGAAAGUACACCAGACAACAAAAGGGAAAAGGAAGAUACAGCAGAAGUUAACGCUGUUCCUGAUCAGCUACUUUCAAGAAGUUUAAUAACAGGUGAAAGGUUCUUUCAUGCAUCCACUGUUCUCAGUACAGUGAUUGACGAGUCAGAAACAGUAAACCAAUUGGAAACUGAGACUGCAUCUGAUACAGACAUGAACUCUGGUGUUUCGGUGCUAAGUACGAAGCUCAGUCGACCAUCAUCUUCUCGAGAAGGCAGAGGGGAUACCAUGGUGGUCCGCAAAGUGUCCCUGGUCAGCAUUGACAAAGAGGGCAACUUUGGGAACCAUGAAAGUCCAUUGGACAGCAUCAGGCUAAGAGAUCAGUCAGAACCAAGCAGAGCCAGUCCUGAGCUUGAGAGGAGGUGGAAAAGUCUCCAUUCCAACUCUGAAGAAAAGCAGUCCAGCCUCACAGAGAGUUCAGACUACACGUUCACAGAUAGCACAUACCUGCAUUCCUCUCAACUGUCCCCCAGCUAUGAAAAAGGAGUCUACAUGUCUCAUUUUCACUCUCCCGAGACCCAGCAUACUGCUUUCUCCUCAGAGACUAACGGUAGCCUUGGCAACAGUAACUGGAAAGUUGUGGAGAGCGAAGUUCAUCAGAGGAAUGAGAGUUACACUAGUGGGAGGAGCAGGGUGGAGCUUAGUUUACCUGUCGUGAGAGAGGGAGAGGGAGAGCAGGAGAUAAGAAAAACAGUCUUUGACUCACAGGCACAUUUCGAUUCCCGCUUGAUGAUCGUGGAGGCAGACGACUACUCCUCUGAUGUUUUCCAAGCUACGCGGGUAGAGCUGAUUCCCUCACCCACUGGCCCUGAGCCUGAGCCUCUUUCUUCCUCAUCCUUCUCAGAAAUGGAUAACCUGGUAGACACUCUCAAGAGCAUGGAGCGACCGGCCCGGCAAAGGGUUCAACGCACCCCAUCCAACACUCCCUUCUCUUCACUGCCACCUAUUGAAGAGGAUGCACCAAUCUCACCCCCUACUCCACUCUCUCUUCGUACUCCAGUCUCACUUAUUACUGAGCCAAAGUUGUUGAAUGGAGUUUCUAGCUUACCUCUAGACAUUGGCCUUAACUGGAGUUCCCCCAAGGACAUGCGCUCUCCUUUGACCAUGAUGAAGGAAAAGCAGCUCGGAGAGACCCCGAAUCGGGGGCUCUCCCUGCCUCUGCGAGCUUCAGCCCUCAACAGCAUGGUCAUGCGCAGGGGCUCACUCAACGAGCUGAGUCCCGAAGAGAGUUCUACAAAAGGACUCAUGAAUGGAGGCUCAUCUCGCCUGGAGAACAGCUUCUUCUUCCAGCCAACAGAGAACAACAAGGCCUCAAACCGCUCCAUCUUCCGUGCAGCAUCUCUCCCUGAGAUCAGCCCUAGUCAAGAGCGAAUAAGCUCAGCCACCAAGGGAUCUGACGCCUUGCUCAGUUCACGUUUCGAGCGCUUCUCAUACCUCACUUCUCCAUCAAAUUCCCUCAGUGGGAUCACUGAAACUUCUCGAAUAAGCGUGGCUCCAUCUCUCCAACAAAACUCGCAAGAUACCUCCAGUUUCGACCACAAGUCCACUAUGGAACUUUACCGCUCUCUGCCCUCCGAAACUCUCCUCAAGAACUCUCAACCUUUGGGUCUUCAGCGCAGCAGUAGUCUUGACGGAGGUCUUCUAAUGAAUGACACCAAGAGCUUCCAAGUGAAUCAAAAGCCAGAACCAGAGCGGAACAUACUCCUCAAAUACAGAGCCUUCCCUGAUGCAUAUCUCACAAAAGAAAAGGAGCAUGGAAAGCUCAAUCCUCGGCCUGGGAAGAUGUUAAUCUAUGACAAGCCUGGAAUGACCGGUGGGAGAAUUGAAGUGCGUGGUGAUGUUGUGGAUGCCACACCAUGGGAGUUUACAGACACUAUUUCAAUCAGAGUGAUCAGAGGAGGUUGGGUGUUGUAUGAGAAGCCAGAAUUCAAAGGGGAAAAGAUCGCUCUGGACGAGGGGGACAUCGAGCUGACAAAUCCAUUUGGACCACCAGAUGAAGAAGUGGUUGAUCGGCAGAAUGGAACAACGCAGGAUCAUGGGGAAGAGGACCAUGAGCCCAAGCCUCGGCUAAAGAGGAAGUUCUUCAUCGGAUCCAUACGGCGAGCAGUGAGGGAUUACAGCGUUCCUGAAAUCAGCCUUUUCCCUGAAGAAAAUGCAGAAGGCAAGAAGGUCACAUUCAGAGACACGUCAGAAGACUCCAGAAUUUUUGGCUUCCCAGUCAAAGCAAACUCCAUCAUCAUCAACGCUGGACUAUGGUUGGUGUUUGCAGAGCCCUUCUUUCAGGGUGUCCCGCGAGUGCUUGAAGUCGGGGGAUUCCCCACCCCAGCCGCCUGGGGCGUCACACAUCCAUACGUGGGCUCCCUACAUCCGCUUAAAAUAGGGGAACCUAGAGUGGAGAACCUCUACGAGCCAAAAAUUGUGCUCUAUGAAAAGCCAUAUUUCACUGGCAAAAGCAGAGAAAUCUACACCAGCAUGAGAGAGUUCCUGUCAAGAGUGGACAAGCAACAAUCAUUGUUUAUGUUCAGUGCAGGAUCCGUUAAGGUUAUUGGAGGCUGCUGGGUGGGCUAUGAGAAGGAGGGUUUCCGGGGUCACCAGUAUCUUCUGGAGGAGGGAGAGUACCAUGACUGGCGGGUGUGGGGAGGAGUAAACUCAGAGCUGCGCUCGGUCCGAGUCAUCCAGGCUGACCUGUCUGAGCCCCUGCUGGUGUUAUAUGGGAUGUCUGAAGAGGAGAAAGUGGAGAAUGAAGAGCCCACGUUUGAGGUGACAGAAGCUGUCCCAGAUGUGGAGCUGUUUGGGUUCGGCAUCAACACCUGCUCCAUCCACGUGCUGAGUGGAGCAUGGGUGGCCUACUCUCAUGUGGAUUUCUCAGGUAACCAGUAUGUCUUGGAAAAAGGCUUCUACAACAACUGUGGAGACUGGGGCUCUGAAGACAACCGCAUCUGCUCCAUACAGCCCAUCCUCACAGCACCUAGUGAAGGACCCAGCUUUAGAAAUGAGGUGCUGCUCUACUCAGAGCUGGAUUUCCAGGGCACAUGUAGGGUGUGUCAUCAGAACCAGGCCUGUUUGCCUGAAAGUCUCAGUGUCAAGUCCUGCAGGGUGGUGGGAGGAAGUUGGGUGCUAUAUGGAGGAGAGAAGUUCACAGGAAACAUGUAUGUUUUGUCGGAAGGAGAUUAUCCCAACCUGACUAGCAUGGACAUCCCAAAUGACUCCAGCAUUCGCUCUGUCAAAGCAGUUCCAAUGACCUUUUCAGUGCCGUCAAUCUCGCUCUUUGGACUGGAGUGCUUUGAAGGUCGGGAGGUCACUAUUGACACACAGAUUUACAACAUGUGGGAGGAAGGAUUUAAUGCACAUUUCCUCUCUGUUAGGGUCAACAGUGGCUGUUGGGUGUUAUGUGAACAUAGUAACUACAGGGGGCGCCAGUUCCUUUUGGAGCCCAUUGAAAUCACAAACUGGAAUAAAUUCAGCUCUCUGUCCUGUAUCGGCUCCUUGUAUCCAGUCAGACAAAAACAAAGACUGUUCCGCAUCAAAAAUAAAGAGACAGGCCACUACAUAUCAGUGCAGGGUGGUGUUGAGGACAUGAAGACAGGCCGCGUGGUCGUCACAGAGCAGGUAGAGGGAAUGAGUGAUGUUUGGCUUUAUCAGGACGGGCUCAUCAAAAACAAGCUGGCUCGAACCAUGAGUCUGCAGGUAAUGGGUAAUGUCGAGUCAGGUGCUAAGGUGGUGCUGUGGACUGAAACACGUGUGCCAGUGCAGACAUGGAGCGCUCAGGUCAGCGGCACAAUUUCCAGUGUCACCUUCCCCGGAAUGGUGCUGGAUAUCAAAGGGGGUAAGACAUACGACAAACAACAUUUAGUGAUUCGAGAAGAGAAUGAGGAACAUGCCAGUCAACAGUGGGAGCUGGAGUUUGUUUAAUUCCGCCCGCUCUCUUCUUCAUCUGACCCCCCUCUCCUUUUGACUCCACCCACUUCUCCUGCCCCAACAAUACAAGCACUAUCUGUGAACUGACAUAUGACACUAUGAGGGCACCAGUGAAUCAUCCUUACAUACAAUCAGAAGAUGUUGGGCGGGGAAAGUUUCUCCUGUCAGUAGAGACUGUAUAAUAGGUAAAACGAAUCAUAGGGUAAUGUAUUCCCAUUUAAAAAUGAGAGAGAAGCAGAGGUCAAAUAUCAUUCAGCAUACUAGUGUUCCUGAUUGUAAAAUGUAAAGCUCUCGCCUGUGAUGUGUCUUAUUUGCACAUAGUUUGAAUAAAACAUAUUACCUACAGGUCAUUUACACGCUGUUGAUGGUGCUGGUGGUUAAGUCACUUAAAAACUUUUUUUUUCUGUUUCCCUAUGCAUCACAUGAGAAUGUCAUCAUCCUAUAUGAAUCCGGCAACUUUCCAAGCAUUCUUUAAUUUCUGCUCAUUUUAUUUGUUUACAAGCUAAUGUUAUUUUGUCUAAUCAUUUAUUUGACAUAUUGGGUAUAUUCUGGUAUGUAUACUUUAAUAUCUGCGAUUAGUUUAUAGUCAUUGCAAAUGCUUCCGAAGUGAAUUCUGGCAGAUUUCCGUCUGUCCUGCUGUUUUUAUACCAAAAAGUGUGCUAAUGUCAGUCAAUAUAAAGUCGCCAUGUUUUUGGAAAACUUUAUUAUGUAUAAAUGUUAUUUUCAAAGUACAAUGUGAAAUAUUAUGUAAC